CCUCUGGGAGCCUCCCUGGAUGAGCAAAGCAAUCCUCUGUUGAAGGGCAUGCUGGUGAGAAAUGGAGGAAGUUUUGAAGAUGACUUAUCCCUGGGAGCUGAAGCUAAUCAUCUGCGGAGUGAUACCCAAAUGGAAACAUGCAAUGGUGUUCUGGCAAAGGAGAGGAGGCUGCAGUUCCACCAGAAAGGGAGAAGUAUGAACUCCACCGGGUCUGGAAAAAGCAGUGCGACUGUUUCAAGUGUUUCUGAAUUACUGGAGCUUUAUGAGGAAGAUCCUGAAGAAGUGCUCUAUAACCUCGGAUUUGGAAGAGAUGAACCAGAUAUUGCUUCAAAAAUUCCAGCAAGAUUUUUUAAUUCAUCAUCAUUUGCCAGAGGGAUAGAUAUCAAAGUGUUUUUGAAUGCCCAAAUACAGCGCAUGGAAGUGGAAAAUCCAAAUUUUGCUUUAACAAGUCGUUUUCGUCAGAUUGAAGUGCUUACUACUGUGGCCAAUGCUUUUUCUUCUUUGUAUUCUCAAGUCUCUGGGACUCCUUUGCAGAAAAUUGGUAGUAUGAAUUCAGUGUCUUCCAGCAAAGAGGCAUCCAGCCCUCCCCCUUUAAAUCGCAGCAAUACAGCCAGCCGGUUAAUGAAGACCUUGUCUAAGCUCAACCUUUGUGGCACGCAGCAAGCUGAUGGUAUUGGCUGCUCAACUCCUUCACCUGUUGAAAAAGGGAAAAGUCCAGCUGAACCAGGGAGUGAGGAAAGUGAUGUUAAAAAUGAAUCUAAAUUACCAAAAUACUCUAAAAAGAAAGACUCUCCCUCUUUUUUGGCUACUGUAAAAGAGGAGAUAGCCAGUAGUCAGACAAAUGCUGUGGACGUGUGUAAGCCUGCAAACCUUCCUGCUGGGACUGAAGAUAAGCAAGAGGGCACUGUGCCUCCAGCAGAUGUGCAAAACAGCAGGUUGGCAAGCACUCAGGAUAGACCCUGUGAAGAAUCUGGUCUUUUGGACUCACCAAGCCUCAGCAGCAGUUCCAGUACAUCCAACAGCAGCACCUCAACGCAAAGGCUGCCUGCAGCAUCACCAGGUAGAGAGCCCUGUGCUCCCCUUGCAAACCCGUCCAUAAUGAAUCUAAUGCUGCAGCAGAAGGACUCCUUUGAGAUGGAAGAGAUCCAGAGUACUGAGGGGGAUCUACCGCACGUUCAAGCUUCUCACCAGCUGGCAGUGACCAAGUCAAGGAAAGAUCAGCUGUUACGGACUGCGAGUCAGCACUCUGACAGCAGCGGCUUUGCUGAGGACUCCUCCACAGAUUGUUCUCCAUUUAAUCAGCUUCAGGUUCAGGAGUCUUUGCAGGGCAUGGGAAGUAGUGCUGAGAGCUGUGACAGCGAGACAACCGUGACAUCGCACACUGAGGAACAGAAGACACCAAUAGACAAAGAACUGUCCUGUUUCAAUAAGUUUGAGGAGGAGGAAGAUGAUGAUGAUGAAGAUGAUGAUGAAGAUGAUGACGAUGAUGAAGAGGAUAUUAUCUCUCAAGUAGAGAGACGAAAGGUAGGGGCACCUUCUGAGAACAGAAGGAUUGAUGAUAGAAAAGUUAUAGACUAUGAAACUGAACAAAAUCAAGGAGGAGAAAGCAAGUCAUCUCAUAUAUCAGAGACAGUCCAAGAAGUCAGCUCUAAAGAGGAAGACAUUUCCAGUGAGCAAAAAGAAUUGGAGCUGCUGGAGGAAAGCAGUGUGUUUGAGUUUCCUCAGUACCACACGCACCAUAUCCUCAAGUCGAUGGAGUCUCUGGAAGGUGGAGGCUCCUCCCCAUCAUCCAUGGACAGGGUUCAUGUUGCCUUGCAAAGAGCUGAGAUGAGGAUUGUCAGCACAUCUUCUGAUUCCAGGGCUGGACGUACUCUGCUUAAGUCAAAAGAUCUCCUGAGGAAGCAGAGACUCUGGUUUGCUGAAUCGGGCUAUCCUCUAAGGCGGUCUCAGUCUCUCCCAGCUGCAUUACUGAAUCCAGUGAAAGUGGUGUCCUCUGUGAAUGUCCAGUUAACUCCAGGAAAAGAGACUCUGUGCAGUCCUCCUUCUUUCACCUACAAGUACACACGUGUGGAGGAAGAUGAGAAAACGAUGCCUGAAGAUGACAAAAGUGAGGGUGAGGCAGCUGCCAGCCAGCCAGUGUGCAAAUCUACGCUGUUCAUUGCACCUUUGUCCUCCAAAAGAGAAGUGCCCCAAACUGGGCCCAACAGGCUGUCUGAGGAGCCCAGUCCCACCAGGGUACAGAGCUGCCCGCUGCACACACGGGCACACAUGUCCCAGUCAACGUGCUCCCUCCACUCCCUCCCCACUGAGUGGCAGGACAGACCGCUCUGUGAGCACGUGAGGACACUGAGCACCCACAGUGUCCCAAGCAUCUCCAGCUCUUCCUUUGGCACCUUGCUUUCCCCCUUCAGCUGUCCCUUCUCUCCAAGGCAUGCUGGAUUUCCUCAUCGACCUCAUGCCAUAAACCCACCCUCUACUGUGGAGAUGCAGCUGCGCAGGGCUAUCAGAAACUCUCUGCAGAACCUCUCACAG